CUUUAUUCAACCACUGGUAUAGCAUAACCACCAUAUAUAGGACUCACUACAGCUAUUGAGCAAUACAGCUUCGCUUGUCUUCCAUCUUCCCAUAGUGGAAGGACUAUGAAUCUUUAUAUUUCGGGUUGGGGUUGUGCAAUUAAAGGCGGUAAAGUGUCAGAAGACGAGCAUCUACGGAGAGAUUCUUGAAACAAGAAAUUUAGUGGUCUCGUCGCUUUCUGAAAGCCUGCCAUCGCGUCCACCACUUUUAGCCUGUACCGUGAGUUUGUGAAGUAAUGCACGUUACAAUUGUACGCGGGCACUUUAUAAUCUUUCGUUCUUACAAAAUUUUAUAUUUUUUUUUCCGGGAUCUGCUCCUAUACUUGCACCAUGCAGGUGCUGGUCUUUGGUCGGCAUGGAGCCUUUCGGUCCGCAGGACCUGAACAUCGGGCCCGGUUGCGAACACACGUCGGUGGUGAUCCACGAGAUCGGCCACGCCAUCGGCUUCUACCACGAACAGAUGCGCAUGGACCGGGGCGGCAGCAUCCUCAUCCUGUGGGAAAACGUGCCGCGCGACAGAGCGUCCCAGUUCGCCCAGACCUUGGAGAACAGCCGGGGGGUACCGUACGACGUCACCUCGAUCAUGCAGUACUCGCAAGGGGCGUUCAGCGCGCAGCGGUUCGAGAAGAACACGAUCGUCACGCGGGACCCGCACCUGCAGCUGAGGCUCGGAGGAGACGGCGUGCUCAGCUUCCGGGACCGCAAGCUGGCCAACCUCAUGUACAACUGUCCCGAUCUGUGUCCCAACCGACGCGCCACGCAGUGCGAGAACGACGGCUUCCUCUUCCAGCCCGGCGGCGCGGCCGACGAGGAGCCCUGCGUCUGCGUCUGCCCGCCCAACACGGCGGGCGAGCGCUGUGAGGAGCUGACGGGCACCUACUACGGAGAUCCCGUAUGCGGAGGCAACGUUACCACACCCGGCGAGGUCAUCGAGACACCGGGUUUUCCAAAUAGAGACGUCGACUACAAAGGUUGCACCUGGUGGAUACAGGCACCCGUAGGCCAGGUGCCGCGGCUGACCUUCGAGGAGUUCAGCAUCGAGCCCCGGCUAGACCUGCCCGAGGAGAACCCGGCCAGCGCCUACAACGGACAGUGCGCCCGCGAGCGCCUGGAGAUCCGCACCCGGGACCGUUACCACGGGAAGAUGUACUGUGGCAGCGAGAUCAAGCCCAACGAGACGAUGACGGCGCAGACAUCUGAGAUGGUGCUCAUCAUGGGAGCCAAGAGGACUAACACGGGAAAAGGAUUCAGGGCGCGCGUUGACUUCGUCGACAAGGCUUCCGGUCUGGGCGAGAUCGCGAACGCUAUCGCCAACGUCAUCGAUACGGCGCAAAACUUCGUCGAGGCGCAGAUGAGCGGAAGAUGACAGAUGCAGUGACAACCCUCACAUUCGCUUUUGGCGCAAUAUGUACUAUGCUCGCUCGGGAGGGGUGUAUGUACAACGAGUUCGGAACGUCAGCGUUUAGAUACCUGUUGGUCUACACGAUCACAGAUGAAAUUUGGUGAAAACAUUUUUUUAUUUUGCGAGAAUAAAAGCGGAUAAUUCUAA